AUGGCGGAGACUAUAUCUCAUCUAAACGGCGCAACCACUGCCCAAGGGCCUCAAGUAAUACCAAUCCAGACAACCGAGGUCCCUACAUAUACAAUCAUCCAAGCAGACGGUGUCUACCCCGAUGAUGUUGUGGAACAGGAAAUCUUCACGGCAAACCCACCGCAUCCCUAUAAGUUGAACUAUGUCUCAACCCACCUGUUCCCGACCGGCACACCUCUUCCAAAACCAUGGUCCUCUAUCCCCAAGGACUUACGAGACCAAGUCGAUGGAAUCAUGGUCCUUAAGAUGGGGUUCACGGCUGAGGACGUCGAGUUGUUCCCAAAGCUGAAAGUGUGA